CUGGGUGUUGCGGGCGCACCAACCGGCCGGAUCUCCCCACCACAUCAUCUGCUUCUGUGCGGCCGCUUCUAUCGGCCCUGCCCCCCUUCGCCUUCCUCGCCUCGCCUCGCCUCCCCACUUCGCUUCACUGCUUCCCUACUACACACUCGCCGCCAUUCCCCCCGCCCCAAAUAUUCUCUCGCAUUCGCGUUCCCACCGCCUCGCCCUAGAUCUCACCACCUCGCGUCGCGCCUCCAAUGGGGUGCUUCCUGUCCAAGCCGGCGGGGGCGGGUCCCCUCCCGCCCAACGACGCCGCCGCGCUCCCCGCCGACAACCCCGCAGAUCCCGAGGCGGCGGCCGCGAAUGGCGGCGCUGACUCCGCGGCGGCCGACGGCGGCGGCGACGACAAGGACGCCGCCAAGCGCGCGGUCCCGGUGUUCAGGGAGUUCGGCCUCGCCGAGCUGCGCGCCGCCACCAAGGGCUUCAGCGCCGACCUCAUCGUCUCCGAGAGCGGCGAGAAGGCCCCCAACGUCGUCUACCGCGGCCGCCUCGACGGCGGCCGCCUCAUCGCCGUCAAGCGCUUCUCCCGCCUCUCCUGGCCCGACCCGCAGCAGUUCCUCGCGGAGGCGGCCGGGGUGGGGAAGGUGCGCCACAAGCGCCUCGUCAACCUCAUCGGAUGCUGCGCCGAGGGCGACGAGAGGCUGCUCGUCGCCGAGUACAUGCCCAACGACACCCUUUCCAAGCAUCUCUUCCACUGGGAUAAGCAGCCCUUGCCAUGGGAAAUGCGGUUAAGGGUUGCGUAUUACAUUGCGCAGGCACUCGAUCACUGCAAUGCCGAGAACCGAAAAAUCUAUCAUGACUUGAAUGCUUAUAGAGUACUUUUUGAUGAGGAAGGUGAUCCUCGGCUGUCAAGUUUUGGACUAAUGAAGAACAGCCGCGAUGGGAAAAGUUAUAGCACUAAUCUGGCUUACACCCCGCCUGAGUUUCUACGAACUGGCAGAGUCAUCGCCGAGAGUGUGAUAUAUAGCUAUGGAACAGUUCUUUUGGAUCUUUUGAGUGGGAAGCACAUACCUCCUAGCCAUGCACUUGAUUUGAUAAGAGGGAAGAAUAUACUGUUGCUCAUGGAUUCCUCCUUAGAAGGGCAGUAUGCUAAUGAAGAUGCUUCAAAACUAGUUGACCUUGCGUCGAAAUGCUUGCAAUUUGAAGCGAGGGACAGACCCAAUAUAAAGUAUCUCUUGUCUUCUGUUGGGCCUCUUCAGAAGCAAAAGGAGGUAGCAUCACAUGUGUUGAUGGGUAUUACAAAAGCCACGGCGGUGUUGCCAACUAUUCUUUCUCCCCUUGGGAAGGCCUGUUCCGGUAUGGACCUUACAGCAGUACAUGAUAUAUUGCUCAAAACAGGUUACAAAGAUGAAGAAGGUGCAGAAAAUGAGCUGUCCUUUCAAGAAUGGACUCAGCAAGUGCAAGAGAUGCUGAAUACCAAGAAGUUUGGUGACAUUGCAUUUAGAGACAAGGAUUUCAAGACUGCAAUUGACUACUACUCCAAGCUUGUUGGAAUGAUGUCAGUGCCUUCAGCCACAGUUUUUGCCCGGAGAAGUUUCUCCUAUUUGAUGAAUGGGCAGUCAGAGCUUGCUCUCCGGGACGCAAUGCAGGCCCAGGUCUGCAUGCCCGAGUGGCCAACUGCCUUCUACCUACAAGCCCUUGCUCUCUCAAAGCUCGGCAUGGAAACUGACGCACAAGAUAUGCUAAACGAUGGAGCCACUUUUGAGGCCAAGAAGCAAAAUAGCUGGCGAGGUUAGGGGAACAAGUCAUGGUUUCACCCCCAAAUCUGUUGUUGCCUUUUUAACAGAAAAAGGUAAGAUGAUGAUGAGUGUUCAUUGGGACGACUGUUGCACUACUAGGAGUGGGAUUGAAAAUGCACUGUUUUAUUGUGCAAUCUCCGCCCAAAUGUCGAUAAAUGAGUGGCGUUGUUGUGACCUGGAAGGCAAAAGGCAGAGAGGCAUUGCUUAUACUACGCUUUUGAGUCUGAGUUGCACUUUGUUUCUCGGGUGAUGUGAGCAAACACCUGCUGAUCAUUGCGUUGCAGUGCUCCUCUAGAGACGAGAGAAUUGAUGAGAUGAGAAGAUUGUAAUUAAGGGGAUGCUUUUCUGACAAUUUCACCUUUUUUUUUCGUUUUCCAUUGGAAUCUUUGGGCCCCAGGUGAGAUGAUAGUGUGAAGAAAGGCGGGUUCCUUGUGAUUAGCCUAGGAUGGAGAAUAAACUAGAGCCAUCUAAAUUCCAUUCAUUUCUACCAUGUUCUUGAUGUGUUACUUGCUGCUUUAACCUUUUGAAGGUAUGGUUCAGUUUUGUAGUGAUGUGCAUUGCAUCAUGUGGAA